AACAAAUGGACGCACGUGCCCAAUUGACAAUCAAGAGCUAAAAGAAAACGAGGUACGUACUGUAUCAACAUCCCACAAAGUGUGCAAAUUUUCACAAUUGUACGUUUUAGGAAGAAGGGAAAAAGGGAAAAGUUUGGCAUCAGUACAUCUUAAACAUUAUUGGAUAUGGACCCCAACGAAAUCGUCUCAUGCAUCAGUUAAUGUUAUUUUACCUAUUAUAAGCUAAAAAAUGAAAAUUCAUUUCGUCUUUACCGAAAAUCACCCAUACAGUUAGAAAGAUAACAAAAAAGACAAUAGCCGGUUCCCCUUAUUCGCGAAGGGCCGCAGAGGAUUGUGUUAAAUGUAUUCAGCAAGCUCCAAUAUGGCGUCCAAUUUUAUUGACGAGGAGCCAUCUUCUUCUAUAGCGUUAUUUCUCUGCCAUCUCCGCCAAACUCUAGUUCUUUUCAGAACUCUUGCACGGGUUUGGUCUCGGAGAUACCAUACUAAACAUUCCAGGCUUCAUGGGCGGUAAAGACCAGUUAACUGUGGAAGAAGAGACAAAAACAAGGAGAAUUGCCUCCGUACGUAUACAUGUUGAGCGGGCAGUUGAACGAAUUCAAAACUAUAGGAUACUGCAAAGAAUGUAUCCAACAUGCAUGAUUGCAGAACUGAAUAAAAUUUGGGUGAUUUGUUGUUACCUUGUUAAUUUUUUACCUCCCUUAGUCAGUGAUGGUAAUACAUAAUAGAUGAAAACUGUUAUGGUAAGUUACCAAAAAACCAGUAGGUAUAUAAAAUAAAACAAGAUUCUUUUAAUCUAUUGAGCAUCUUGUACCUAGGGUUAUUAGCAUAGAGGUAUAUUUUUCUGUGGUAGAGCCCUACAUACAUUAGUCGACUUCAGUGAGUAUUAUAGUCUAAGAGUACUAGUAAGUUAGUUGCACAAACAUCACAUUUUGCUGCUGCAACCUGUUGUGACAUUGGAAAGACUUGCCAUAUAAACAUGAUAUUUGUGAGUUUAUAAUAUUUGGUUCAUGUUAUGUAAUGAUUUAUUAUAUAUACCCCUUGGUAAAAAUAUGAAUGUUAUAAUUAUUUCGUUCAAUAUUAACAUUUAUUUCACUGAACUCAUGCCUUUAGAAUUGCUGGCAUCAUAAAUUUAAAAUAAAAAUCUGAGAGUUUAGGAUGCAUGUUCUUGUUCCAUAAUUUUUUGUCAAAAUUAAUUCUUUCUAUACAAAUAUCUUCGUGUGUAUAAACUAUGAAAUCUACAAAAGGUAAGGAAAAUUCUCCGAAUUUUCCACCAAAUGCUCGUGAAUAAACGCGUAUUCAAAGGCCGGAAGAUCAAUGAAAGAUCGAAUCCAACCAUUUCCACGCUGGUUGAUGUCAACAUUUCCUUCGACAUUACUGUUCGGACAAACGUUUUCCACUGGUGUCUACCACCUUCUACUGGUAUCCAGAGACCAAACUUGUGCAAGAGUUCUGAAAAGAACCAGAGUUUGGCUGAGAUGACAGAGAAAUAACAUUAGAAGUAGAUGGCUCCUCGUCAAUAAAAUUGGUCGUCAUAUAUUGGAGCUUGCUGAAUACAUUUACCACAAAUAAGGGGAACCCGGCUAUUGAUUGAGUAGUAGGCUACGAUUUUCUAAUCCUGUUUUGAGACGGAAGGUUAUAAGCUCAGACACAAGAUGCUCGACCUUGAAUGACCAGAAGGAGAACUAAAAAUAACUGCUAAAAAAGACAAAACCCUGCCAGAAAAGGACAAAAAUCACAAAAUAACGUGUCAAAAGUUGUCCAAAACGUCAAAAGUUGCCGAAAAGCUGCCGAGCAUCUUGUGUCUAAGCCUAGUGAAAAGUUGCUGAAAAGUUGCCGAGCAUCUUGUGUCUAAGCCUAGUAGGACUGUUCGGUAUACCGAUAUACCGAAAAUAUCGGUAUUAAAUCAAUAUCGGUAUAUCGAUACCGGAAUUUCGGAUAUACCGGAAUUUUUCGGUAUACCGUGUUAUAUUUACCAACUAUAUGGCGAAACCGUAACCUUUAUUUUACUACUGAAUGGCAAUUCAAAGAACUUUCUACUGCAAUGAUUUAGAAUUUCCACUUCAGUGAGAUUUUACACUGAAUACGUGCAUGUCGUUCGAAACAUGUUCGAAACAGCUUCGAAAUUAUCGUUUUCCCUUUUAGAAUUACUCAAAAUUUCCUUCAAACUUCCAUUAAAGAAUUUUCCUUUAUAAUUAUCAAAGGAAAACCGAUAUACCGAUAAUAUCGGUAUAAUUUUUUCGGUAUACCGAUACCGGAAAUUUCUCAUACCGAACAUUCCUAAACCCUAGAAGGUUAACCUUCUCGACCUACUAUUACAGUAUACGCCUAUCGACCUUACCUAAGCAUAAAUUAUUGAUGUUCUUUAACAGGUUUUAUUGACGUGAAUGACUUGAAAAGUUUCCUGGGACAUCUCUCUUUAGGAACAUUAGUUACGGCUGCCACAGAGCAGUUUUAAGUAAAACAUUGACUGUCUCUACAUUAUGAUAUUUGUGAUGUUACUCUGAGUGUAUAUCCACACCGGGGGAGCUUGAAAAAUAUGCCCGGCGACGGUGGGAUUCGAACCUACGACCUUUGGAAUACUAGCCCAAUACUCUUCCAACUGAGCUACGCGGUCAGGACGGUUCGAGUAAGUGAUAUUUCGGAACAGAAUCUAGUUCCUUCGAUACCAAUGUAUUCUAGUAAUAUGAUUUUUUUGUGUUGGUGUUGGUACUCAGGUGAAUAUGAUAUCACAAAUAUCAUAUUCACCUGAGUACACAACACCAACACAGAAAAAAUCAUAUUACUAGAAUACAUUGGUAUCGAAGGAACUGGAUUCUGUUCCGAAAUAUCACUUACUCGAACCGUCCUGACCGCGUAGCUCAGUUGGAAGAGCAUUGGGCUAGUAUUCCAAAGGUCGUAGGUUCGAAUCCCACCGUGGCCGGGCAUAUUUUUCAAGCUCCCCCGGUGUGGAUAUACACUCAGAGUAACAUCACAAAUAUCAUAUUCACCUGAGUACACAACACCAACACAGAAAAAAUCAUGUCUCUACAUUGAUAACAUGUGGAAAAAACAUUGAUAGCGCCUCGUUUUAUAACACACUUUUCGGUGUUUAAUAUACUGGCAAUAAACCCUUUCUCAUUUAUGAUAUAUGAUAUAUUACUAUAGCCCUACUAUAUACCAUGGAUAAUAAAACAACUGGAUAUAAGAAACUCAUGAUCGCUCAUGAUCGAAAGAUAAUGCAACCAUUUUUAAUCUCAAUAUAACAACUGGAAUGGGAAAAUUAUAGCAAAAGCAGUUGAACUUUACUAUAUUGAAUCACGAAUUUUGUGCGUCAGCUAGUUUCGUAUCUAUUUUUGAAAUAUCAAUGAUACUAUAUGUUUGAAUUAGAGUCUAGCGCAUAUUGCAAAGCAAAUGAGAAUUCCACAAUUUUAUUAUCUACCUCUCACGAAAAUUCUUAUGCCACCCAGGGAGAGAAGGCACGGAAUGCAUUAUCACAUGGCGAAACCAUAUAACAUCUUUGUACAUAUAUUAAAGAGUAUAAAGUAUGUAAAUAAAAUCGACACAAAGCAAGUACGGUACGGAAUUUUAAAUGUUUCCACUUACCCAAACAUAGCCAAAACAACGAUUAUAUUAUUAAAACUAUCAGUUUCGUCUUCGACAAAAUUCGUGUUUAUAGAUCGGAAGAGCGUCGUGUUACGGUUGACAGCCAAUAAUUCAUGAAACUGCAGGCUUAUUUCCAGUUUAAAUAAAAAAUUUAAAUUAAAAUCAAUAUGCUGUAAAACAGCAAAAUACGUCUUUGCAAACUGAAAACAAAUUUUUAAACAGACAUUGUUCUCGCGCAUGCGCAUAACAUCAAAAACCGUCCAUGACAUAAUCAAAAUAGAUCAUUCGCUAUGUUCUCACAUGCCCGGCCCGAGUGUAAAUAGCCGUGCGGAAUUAGUACUCUCUCCCCAGACGUACGCGGGCUCCGGCCCGGGGAUGAUUUGCGACAAGCAAUAUUUAUAACCCCAAAAGGUGUAGUAAUUUAGCAAUCCCAAAUUGACUUACAGCUAUAAAGUAAACACGUACGGGGAAGUACAGCACUUUAAUAAACCGCUAAACGCGACAGCUAUUAAUUUCCCCUUAUUUUACUAGUGGCAAUAAAAUAAAAUAAUCAAUUAUUGUUUUCAGUUGGAGUUUCUUUUGUCUUUCUCUCGGUUUUCUCUAUUUGAUAUAUGAGCAAAAACUAUUUUUGUAUUGACAGCACAUAUCCACUCUCCCACCCUUCCCUAGUGCCACACUUCCACGUAGCACCUAAAAUCUGGGUGCCACGUGAGUAUCUCGGGGGGUAGUGGACGUCUUGGACAGGUUGUUUUGACCAUUGAUCCAGUUAAUCCUGUUAAUCCCAAUGUUUUCCACUUUCAUGGAAACGUCUAUAUUUUAUGGAAUUUUUGAAGUGAAAUGGAACUUUUUGUUGGUGCUGGGAAAAACGAUGGAAAUUCUAUGGAAACUCGACAUUAGUAAAUUGUACGAAAAUAUACGUUGAAAGUCCAAUAGACAAAUUUGGCUAACGUUGUUUCACUCGUGUAGAUAAUUUUAAAGCUUAGUUACUGUUCUUCUAUUCUAUGCUUCUGUAAACUAGAACAAUAGGCAUGUGAUCUAAUAUUGUGACUUGGGUAUACAAACGUUGGCAAAAUUUUUCUAUCAAUCCAAUUUUCAAUGAAACGCUAAGUUACAUAUAAUAUGACGCAUAUUAUGGACCUAGUGCUUUCUAGAUCUUCCUAUAUACAUCUGUGUCUGCAUAUUCAGACUUACUCCAUCGGCGUCGGGUGAUAGAUUUUUGACGGGCCUUAGGUAUGACUGGUAAUAUUUUGAACGGUCUGUGCCAAUAAAAUUAGCGCCAAUAAUAAGAAAGCUCCGGAUUGCUAUAUAGGGAUAUAUCUACCUGAACAAUACAAGUAAAACUUCGACGUUUCGAGCGAAGGCCCUUCGUCAGGAAGUUAGUAGUUACUAACAGUUUUUCUUCUUUCAUUGUUUCAAAUUUUCUGGGGACUUAAACAUAUCCUGGGGGACAAUUGGUCCCGUCGUUCCGAUACUUUUCCUAGCUUGUGCGUGACUAUUUUUAACAUGCGUUAAAACCAUGCAGUACAAGUGUUUGCUUCACCUUUAUUCUCGACUAUAAUGUUAUUCAUAAUGUUUUUACAGUUAUAUCCCGACAAUUUUGCAAAGAGAGAAAUAAAUCAGUUCACUGUCAAAUGCCGCACUGUAAAGCACAAGAAGGAAUGUCCAUGGACUGGUCCCUUGCAGAAUAUUGAGGUAAAUAUAGUUUCUCUUCGUUUUUAAAUGCAUGGUAACAAUACGCUUUUUUAUCUCUAUCAAAGAUGAACUGCGUGUAUUAAAUGACUGCAUGAGUGCUCUAAGACAUGGCCAGAAAUUGCGGACAUGGAUUCUGAGCAUGUGCGAACUUUCACAAACAAAAUGGCGGAUUUGUUAUAUAUAAAUCAUUAGGAGUGGCGCGGUUUUUUUCAAUUUAAACGUGUUUGAUAAUAGCUAUGUCAUUUGCAGACUUCGCAAUAUUAUAAAUUAUAUCUGGACCAUAAAACAGAAAAGUUUCGCAUCGAAAUCUUACCUAUAAGUUGUUCCAUUAUUCACGUUCACUUCAUAGUACAUCGGCGUAUAAUAAAGUAUAAUAAAACUUGAGAAAAUCGUUGAAAACGUACAUUUUGCUCUGGCCGCAUGUAUCCCUCGAACCCUUCGUGAAAUUUGCAGACUUCGCGUCGUAAAAUAUAUGUUGUCCCCUGCUUGUAUACAUAAUUUCAUAGUGAUACGAAUUUUUUAACUUGUUCCAAUUUACGGGACAAAAUGUUGAUAUUUACCCAUAAAUACCCUGUCCGUAGACCGUAAAACAUUGCAAGAAGAACGAUGUUUAAUGAAUUGUCGUCCAUGUUUGAUAUCAACAAGAAGCUUAGGAACCAGGCUUUCUUCCAGUGCGGGUUACACAGAGGGAUAACGAUGUAUACACAAAAUAUUAGAGUCGUUUACCAUGCGCAUCACUUUAUAUCCCAUCAUAAUAAAUGAACGGUAUGUAAAAGGCCGACAGUACCUAUUAUAUCUAUUUUUCUGCUUUAGUUAAACAAAAAACCAAGCAAAAUGUAUUUUUUUAGUUAAAACUUGCGUUUGUUAGGUAUGAAUAACUUUUCAGAGGAAAAACCGCUGAGAUAUAUUGCGGGCGCAUGUCCUGAAUUUCUGGCCAUGAUAUCAUUUGUAACACUCCUUCAGCAUCUAUUGUUCAACUGAAAAUAAAGUGGGAAAUAAAAAUAUAUAUAUAUAUGUAUAUAUGUUUUUGUGGCAGCUUGCAUGUAGAAUAUGUGAUUUGGUGUGGAUGCGUAUCAAGCCUAUACAGAAAAAUUCUGAGCCCUAACGGCUCUGAGUAUAGGCUUGAUACACAUCCUUGCUUUGACAGUGACAAGUAUAGCGGGACAAAAAGCGUUAUCAGUGACAAAAAAACGAUAUCAGUGACGCCCCCUGCUUUCGAAGGCCGUACGACGAUACCAUGUCUUGUGGAAGAUAUGCGCGGUUACACAGAUGAUACUUAUAUGGAUGUAGUUUGGAAAUAUUCAUUUUCAAUAUUUCCAGGAACAUUUGAAAAUAUGUGAGUUUGUUGAAGUUCCAUGUCCAAAAGGCUGCAACCAAAAUGUGGAGAGAAACGUUUUGGAGCAUCAUUUGAAGAAAGCGUGUUCAAAAAGAACCAUUACCUGUCAAAAUUGCAAGACUGAAGUGCAGCACAAGAAUUAUAAG